GUUUGAAGGGGGGAGAGAGGGAGAAGAAAAAGGGGCAGGGGAAUGUCUGAGUGAGUCUGAGGGAACCGGUGGGUCAGGAGAGAGAAUUUGAACGACAGACUGCAGGAAACACGGGUUUAAAAAUACUCCCUCGGUUUCUAGAAAUAGACUCAGCUUUGGACAAGUUGAUCAGCCGGCAAAUAAGUGUAGAGCAGCGCUUUUUUUCUUUCUUUCUUUUUUUUUUUUUUUUUUUUUGCUGUGCGGUUUUUGGGAAACUAAAAAGUUUUGGUGGAUCGCACUGGGAUCAACCAAAACAACAACAUAAGGGGGAAAAGCAACAAGACUUUUGAGCAACGCGGAGAUUUUUUUUUUUUUACCGUCUGUCUCCUCGAAAAGGGAACUGAAACGAUCGGAUUCGGGUUGUUUUGGUCCUAUUUGCGAAUAAUCACAUUUGAGCCCAAGCAAAACUUUUUUUUUCUUCUAGCGCACAACUUUGGAUCUUUUCGAGAUGCGGUGAUGGAGUCUGGUGAUGUCUCUAACUUGACUGUUCCUCUAAUGAAGCUCAUUCUCAGAGGUGAUCUCAUUUCAAGAAAAACCAUGAGUGGGUCUGGAUGGUUUCUAUUGAUCCUCACCGUCAUUUUAUCUGCUCUGGGGCCAGUAACUGCCAGUACACUGACAGAUUUGGAGUUUGAGCGGAGUCCUGCCACCGUCAUCUCUUCUCUGGGCAAACCUGUUACGAUGCACUGUGCCCUGAAGGGUACAGGGGGCGAGGAGGAGGACCCCCCUGAUGUGCUCUGGCUGAGAGACAGCACGCCGCUUCAGUACGCGGACACCAACCAGUUCCAAGUUCACACUGGCAGCAACAGUUGGACAAUCAUGAGCACGUUGAGUAUUGAGAAGGUCCAGCUUCCCGACAUGGGCUCCUAUCGAUGUGCUGUUCUAUCAGAAAGCCACCAGAUUUUGUCUGAGGAGGGGAGCAUUCAGCUGGAGGGCCUUCCUCAUUUCUCUGUGGAGCCCCAGCACAUGUCUGUAGUGGCCAACGUAACCCUGAGCCUGAGCUGCGUGGCCCACGGACCUCCAGAGCCGGUCAGGGUCAUCUGGCUGCAGGAUGGUGCUCCUCUCAACUCCCUGGCGGACCCCGUGGCCCUGUCACCCUCCACGCUCAACCUCACAGGUUUGAACAGGACCAGCACCUUCUCUUGUGAAGCUCAUAACCGCAAAGGGGUGGCCACGUCAGGCUCUGGUACCAUCACUGUUCUCCCAUCACAGCCUCAGAAUCUGAGAGCCGUGGAGAUCACCCAGACCAGUCUCCGUUUAUCAUGGCAGCCUGGUUUCGGAGGUGACUACCCAAUAAUCCGCUGCACUGUUCAGGCCAAACAUUCAGGCGAGCCCUUCGCAGCGGGGCCAGAUAAGAUGAUCCACAACCAAAAUGUGAACAUUCCACCAGCCACCCACCUCAUCGGGGACCUGGAGCCUCACAGCCUCUAUACUGUCAGGGUGGCCUGUCACAGUAGCCAGGGCCCAUCUGACUGGUCGCCCUGGGUGGAGCUACGCACCAAAGAAGGAGUGCCAGAAAACCCACCUGUGAACGUGACCGCGGUGCUGAAUGGGACAGAGGUGCUGAUGACGUGGGAGGGGCCUCCAGGGAAGCUGAAUGGAGAACUACAGGGUUACAUGGUGGAGUACAGCACACCUGCCAGCCAGCAGUUUGUGGUGGAUACUGGAUUGGACACUGAGCUUUCAAUCAAUCUGUCUGUGCCCCUGUCCAAUGUGUCUUUUCGAGUGUGUGCAUAUACAGGGGCAGGACAAGGACCCUGGACCACCACACAGACUCUAACACUUAUUACUCCUGAAAUGGAGGAAUUUAGAGGUCCGUCAUCGCCCCCGGCCUUUUCCUGGCACUGGUGGUAUGUAGUGAUGGCCAUCGCCGGCGCUGUGUCCAUAGCUGUGCUCAUGGCUGUUUACGUGGCCAAGCUGCGGCGCAAGGAGACGCGCUUUGGAGAGGCAUUUGAGCCCAUGAUGGAGAGUGGAGAGCUGGUGGUCAGGUACCGGGCCCGCCGCACCUACAGCCGCAGGACUACAGAGGCAACAUUGAACAGCCUGGGUAUCAGCGAUGAGCUGAAGCAGAAACUCCAAGAUGUGAUGGUGGACAGACAUAAACUAACCCUGGGAAAGACCCUGGGAGAAGGGGAGUUUGGCUCUGUGAUGGAAGGGCUGCUGACUCAGGAGGAGUCUGUUCUCAAAGUUGCUGUCAAGACUAUGAAGAUUGCCAUCUGUACCCGCUCAGAGAUGGAAGAUUUUCUCCGUGAAGCUGCCUGCAUGAAGGAGUUUGACCACCCCAACGUAAUGAGGCUUCUAGGUGUAUGUCUGCAGACCGUGGAGAGUGAAGGGUACCCCUCCCCUGUGGUCAUCCUGCCCUACAUGAAACAUGGAGACCUGCACAGUUAUCUGCUAUACUCAAGGCUGGGAGACUGCCCCGUGUACCUCCCAUCUCAAAUGCUGGUAAAGUUUAUGACUGACAUCGCCCGGGGGAUGGAGUACCUCAGCAGCAAGAACUUCAUCCACAGAGACCUCGCUGCUCGCAACUGCAUGCUUAAUGAGAAUAUGAAUGUAUGUGUGGCCGACUUUGGCCUCUCCAAGAAGAUCUACAAUGGAGACUACUACAGGCAGGGGCGGAUCUCAAAGAUGCCCGUCAAAUGGAUCGCCAUCGAAAGUUUGGCUGACCGUGUCUACACCACAAAGAGUGACGUAUGGUCGUUUGGAGUUACCAUGUGGGAAAUCGCCACACGGGGCCAGACUCCGUAUCCUGGGGUCGAAAACAGUGAGAUUUAUGAUUACUUGAGACAAGGAAACCGUCUCAAACAGCCUCCAGACUGUCUGGACAGCAUCUACGCCCUGAUGUUCUCCUGCUGGCUGCUCAGCCCGAAGGACCGCCCAUCAUUUGAGUCCCUGCGCUGUGAGCUUGAAAAAGCCCUUGAGGAUCUGCCGGACCCCCAGGACCCGGAUGAGAUCCUGUACGUCAACAUGGACGAGUCCUCCAUGGAGCUCGGGGCCGUUGGUGGUCGUGACCCCAUCGGCGUGCCGUCGCCUCUCUGCCUGAAGGGCCUGGACUCUGUGACCACAGUGGAGGUCCACCACCCCAAUCGCUAUGUCCUCUGUCCCCAACACGAGACAAACCGAGCCCUCUCCGACUCCCUGGAGAGCCUGGACAUGCCGGUGUCGUCCUCCACAGCCACGCUGCCUCUACAGCCGUCCUGCCAUUCCACUCCCAACCCCACACCCAGCUCCGACGCCGACUGUCGAGCUGCUGGAGGACAGGGAAGGGUCCAGAAAAAUGCCCUGGCAGUGAUGGCUUCACUCUUAAAAAAUGAGUGGGCCAUCCUUUCACCCCAGUCCAAGAGCUAGAUCCAGCCUCUCGCUACUGACUCUGAGAAACCUUACGUGCCCCUAUAUACAUAUUUUGCACAAAUACACACACAGCCGAAGGCAUUCCAAGGAAGUGAAGGAUUGGGAUAAUUUCCUCUCUCAACCCCCCUCUCUUCUAAAACGAGCACAAUUCCAAGUGAGUGUAAAAGUUAUUGUGUGAUUCCUGUGAUAACAGGAACACUAUUAGCAUGAACAGUGGGCGAACAAGUUUAGAGCACAUGUUAUUGCCCACACACACUGCAGCACAAUCAGAGAAAUUAAUUCCCAGUCGCUAUAGUAAUAAAAUACCAUAUCUUCAUAACUACCUGUAAACAGCAGAGUGAUCACCUCCACGUGAUUAAGCUAAAGAAAAAAAAAAAAAAAUCAAAUGUCUCCGUGAAACCAGCUCAGGCACUGCCAGACUGAUUCUACAACUCAACAAACUCAGGGCCUUGAACUUUCCAGUGAGUAAGCGCUAACAUGGAGGGACUCGCACCACCCGGAAAACUGUUCCUCUUGUGGAGAAGCCUCACCCAUUCCUGCUUCUGUGUAUCUUGGAGCAGGAAUAACCAGAGGAUUGAUGGGGGAAGAAAGGAAGCGGCAGAGUCUCUUUCACUGAAAGUAUCAUCUGAUGAAGACGACUGCCUGCUUAUAUUGAAGGACAGCAUGGACAUUUUUAGGCUCAUUGGCAACAUUUUUGUUGUGGGGUGUGGGGUGAAACUCUUUUUGAUGAGUGACACAGCUUCAGCAACUGAAGUUCACCAUACCUGAGGACUUUAACCCAGUAACAACAGAAUCAAAUAUGAACUAAAAGAAAAAAUCACAACAACUGAAGAAUUAAGAACCAAAAUUUACAAAGAAAAUGAAACUCCACUGUGGGCUUUAGAGACUUUUACAUGAAGCUGUUAAGAAUGAGGAACCUCCAUUUUACACAUGCAGCAGUUUGUAUCACAGCCUAAUGUAGCGCUCUAACAAACCCCUGCAUCUUCUCCAGGGGUUUUACUGCUAGUUGUGCAUUAAGCACUGUGAGCCAUUUGCAGUUCACACAUGACAACUCCUUCCUCACUGACAGGUGAGACACCUGUGCAAGGCCUGAUUCAACUAGUCUAAACGUCCUUGACAUAACUCAGGAACCUGAGACUUUGAUCUACAGGGACAGAGGUACUAGUCAAAUCAAGAGGGUACAAAUGAUAAAAGGUAGGCGGAAGGUCUGAGGGUGGGUACGGACAUUAUGGAGUUACCCAAGGCAAGUGGCAGGAUAAGCUCCUCACCUUUGCUUUUGGCACAAGCACAGUGUUAUUACACAUUUUGUAAUUCUUUUCAAUGCUGAUCUUUGUUUUUCUACAACUUUGCACUAAUGUUUUUGUAUCUGUUAAUAAUUUGUAUAUCUUUUAAGCUUUUUACUUUCUGUAUAUUCUCAGUCAUUCUGUAGACAUUUCUCCUCAUCUCUGUUCACAUGUAACAACUUGCAUAUUCAUAAGGGAGAAUAAGGCCUGUGAGAGCAUUACAGCCAUUUAAAGGAGAGGUUUCUGUAAAUGAGCACAGACCAGGGAGAAUGGGAGACAUGACUAACCUCGCCAUCUGACAUCAUCCGGCCACUCUUUUAUUCGGGGAUAUUUUUGUUUUUCUCGAGGUUUAGCACUGUAAAUAGAAGUCUGUUACCAGCAAGAGUCGAGGAGGAGGAGACAGAAAGCAGCAGCUGAAAACCGAAUGGAAGUGAAGAUCAUCCAAACCUCUGCUUUGAGGACUUUAAGCUGCAACUUGGCAUCAUGCAUGCACUUAUUUUUAUAUGCUUUAGUUCAUUAUUCUGUCAUUGGAAUGGACUUAACCAUAUUCCAACACACGUUUUGGGAGAAUAUUUGUUUAAAUGAGGUGCUGUGUCUCUCAGUUGUAUACAUCAAAGGUACUUAUGAGACAGUAUACAGUGGUAUGUUAUACUUGUAGCAUUACUGAAUUCCUUGUUAAGAGAAAGUGUACAUUUCUUGCAAUACCUUUGGUACUGUAUACUCAGCAACUUUGUGAACCACAGACAUUGGUGCUGAGACUGAGGCACUGGUCUAAAUUGGUCUAUGUGAAUAUUUCACCAAUUUGAAUACAGAUACACCUGCUGUUUUAUACCAACCAUGCUGUUUGAAUCAGCUUGGUCUUUAAAGUCGCCUGUUGACCAAAAGGAAAAGUGAGCUUCUGAGCAGAUUCCAGGAAAAAAAACUGAAAUGCCUUCUUCUUGAUCAGCAUUAAAUCAUAACUUUACCAAGUGCCUUCAGAGAGCCAGUAUUUUGCAUUAUAGUAGAUGUGUGUAUGGAUUGUGACUCUCCUGGUGUGUCGAAUUGGGAGAACACUGUACCAUAAUUGCCUUUAUAUUGUCACUGUCAUGAUUUGUAAGCAUUUUUUUAUACAGUACAUGCAGUAUUUUGUAUAAGAAAUAAAUGUGUUCAGUCAUAAAUAA